AUGGUGCUCCAGGCGUGGUGCUCUAGGCGUGGUGCUCCUUGCGUGCUGCUCCAGGUGUGGUGCUCCAGGCAUGGUGCUCCAGGCGUGGUGCUCCAGGCGUGGUGCUCCUUGCGUGCUGCUCCAGGUGUGGUGCUCCAGGCAUGGUGCUCCAGGCGUGGUGCUCCAGCCGCCACUGCAGCUGCCAUUGACGUUGCAACUGAUGCAAGCACCACUGGCACCACUGCCACCGCUGCCCAUGCGGCUGGUUCUGGACAAAAGGUGCGGCACUUGGCUAUGUCUCACUCCACUGCUGCUGCUGCAAACAGCGCGCGCUCUGGAUAA